UAUAACCUAGCCGAUAAUAGACGCAGAACAUUCACGGCCAAUCCUCUCUCUCUCUCAGUCUCUCCAUUCGUCGAAGCUAGUGUUCCGACUCCGAGUAGCGUAAACCCUAGAGUUUGCAUCAACAGUCUAGAUUCAACCGGAUCGUUUCAUGGUUUAUCAGAGGGAGGUGACACUUUGUUGAGAGGGUGAGUAUUUUGUGAACACACAACAAAGUCCAUGGAUUUAGACUUUGAUGAUGAACCUGCUGCACCAGCAGCUAGGGCUGGUGCCAAGUUUAAGCCGAGAGGUAGACCACAACCCAAGAAGAAGCAAGUCCCUCUUUCAACCUCACAGACAACACUCUCUACUGAUGUUGCCAAGGAGAAACUCUCAACACAAAGCGAACAUCCGGUUUCUCUGGAGGCAUCGUCGGCUUAUCCCAGUAAUGUUUCAACUUCUGAGACUACUGUCCCUGAUAGUGGAACCAUUAACCAAUCCACCAUGGGAACAAUAUCUAAAGAGAAUGUCUCAGGAGGGGCCUCCGUUCUCCGUGCUUGUACUAACUUAAAUUCAGAGGGCAAAAGAUGUGAGGAUGGCACAGAGGCGGCACCUGCAUAUCCUGAUGACCCCAGAAGACAAGAUUCUGCAACGUUUGGUGAUUCUGUUACUAGUGAAACGGAUGAAGUUAUUGAUGAUCAAACUCAAAGGAUGCAAACAGGGGAAGUAGAAGAAGAAUGCGACUGGAACAUGGAAACUCUUGAUAUUGUACAGGAGGAAUGCAUCACCAGUGCUUAUGAGCAACAUACUGGAAAGUUCCAACCAAAGCCUAGAUUGCUCGACACUGUGAUUGAAGAAGAACCAGAGUCUCAUUACUCUGUUGAUGAUACAACUGGUGCUAACCAGUCUGAGUUUAUGGUCAAUGAGGAAUCAAGAAACGAUGAAUUCAACACCAAUACUAUUCCUGAAGUUCACAAAGAAACGGCUGCUCCUAGCGUAUUGGAACAAGAACACCAUGUUGUCUCACCUAGUAAUAACGAUACAGUUAUGGGAGAAGGAGAAACACAGUCUAAUGAAGCGGAAACAGGUGCUGACAAAAAGGGGAAAAAGAAGAGAGGUCGAAAGAAGAAAACCACUACUAGUGAGGAAGAACCAAAUAAGUCAACUCCUGAGAAGAAGAAGAAGUUCAAGCAUUCAAGUCGUCGGCAGAAAAACAGAACAUUGGAUAAGGAAUUGCUUGAAACCCCCGAUGAUGAAAUCAGAAAUCUGCCUAUUAGAGAUAUGCUUCGCCUUGUUGCAUAUAGAGAAUCGCUGGAGAAAAAGGAAGCAAAGGGAGCUCCUGUUGUGCCGCCGACCCAAGAAAGUAAUACAAACAUGUCGGAGGAUAACCACUUUUAUUCUCAAGGCUUUGACGCAGAAGACGAGUUUGGUAUGGAGGAAGGAGAAAAUCACGAAGCUCCCGUAGUUAAACCGGACUCACCGGUUAACUAUCAAACGUACAUGAACAAGACUCCCAGAACUCGGUGGUCAAAACAAGAUACACAGCUCUUCUAUGAGGGAGUUCAAGAAUUUGGGAGCAAUCUAUCAAUGGUACAACAACUGUUUCCUGAAAGAACUCGUCAACAGAUCAAACUCAAAUACAAGUUGGAAGAACGCAAGAAUCCGUUGAAGCUUAAUGAUGCUUUAUCAACACGCUCGAAACAGUUAACUCAUUAUCAUAAUGUGAUAAAGAAGCUUCAGGAAGAAGCUGCGGCUGCAAAGGAAGGAGAAGAGGAAGAGGAAGAAGGAGAAGAAGCUGGAGAGGAGGCAGAGACGACUACUGAUGUUCCAGAGAAUGAGGAACCGACGAAGACUGAGGAGACUGAGCGAGCUGGUGAUGUAGUAGCUGGAGUAAAGGAAUCGGACGGUGGGGAUGUUGAGAAUGGCGUUAGAUCGGACGGUGGAGAUGAAAUCGACGAUAAUGAGGGAGAUGAUGAUGAUUUUUGGAAUUCUUAUAAGAGUGAGAUGUAGUGAUUUAUAAACAAAUCGUCUUUGCUGUCAUAGAACAUAAUAUUAGAGUAUUCUUUUCGAUUUAGAUGAAAAAGUUUUUAUACGAAGACUUAUGUCUUGGAUAGUUGGAUGUAAAAGAUUUCGUUAUUUUUGUUUUUGCUAAUUCGUCA